GGCCCUCGCCUAAAUAAGGCAUUAGCAUGAAAGCACCAUGUUGUCUGUCGUCGGAAGACGUCUGAGCAGUUGUGGAGUCUCUGCUGCUUUGUGCAAAGCGACAGUCGCAAUGGCAGACGCCCUGGCUAAAAUCCCAGAUGUGGAGAUUGAUCCAGAGGGAACUUUUAAGUACAUACUGGUCAGGGUGACAGUGAAAGAUGGUGAUGUUCAUAAAGACAUUGUCCGGGGCACAAAAAGUGCACAGUACCACAAUCAUAUUUUUGAGAAGGUCAAUCCAGCUAUGGAAGCCUUGGGGAUGGAGUGCAAAUGCCUUGGUGGAGGGAAGAUAGAGCACAACAGCCAAGGGAAAAAACUAAGGGUGUUUGGAGAAUCGACUGGCUUUGGUAAAGCAGACCAUUCUGUGUCUGUAGAGAAGUUGAAGAGUGCCUUUGGUGACUAUGAGGUCACCUGCAGUGAUGACACAAAAUAGUGUAGACCUGCAUCUCAUUUCAAAUAUCUGCUGAACUGUAUUCAUUUCAGUAUGAACACCACUAUUUAAUGCUGUCACCCUUCUGUACAACUUGUAUUUAAUUCAAUAAAACCAUUCUGAAUUUCA